CAGUGACACAAGUGCGGGUGGUAAAUAUCUACAUUCUCUCUAUUUCUGUCUUUGCGUAAAUCAUGGAGAAUUAAGAAUUAAUUUCGAAGCUUAUAUACCAACUCUUUGAGCUCUGAUGUGCUGAAUCUGUUAUCGAUGACUUCAUGAAGUGGAUCCAUUUUUCCACUUGAUACAGCUGAUUACAUUGAGCACUGUCAUGGCGGACGGGGUAGACCUGAGCCGGAAGUUUGUUUCAGAAUCAGAGAUAGAGGAGAAGAGAAAAAAGCGGCAGGAGGAAUGGGAGAAAGUUCGCAAGCCUGAUGAUCCUGAAACCGUCCCCGAGGAGGAGUAUGACCCUCGAUCCCUGUUUGAGAAGCUUCAAGAGCAGAAGGACAAAAAACAGGAGGAAUACGAGGAACAAUUCAAAUUCAAAAACAUGGUAAAAGGCUUGGAUGAGGACGAGGCCCACUUUCUGGAUGAAGUGUCACGGCAGCAGUGCCUUGUAGAGAAGCAGAGGAGAGACGAGGAGAAACAGGAGCUUCAGGAAUACAGGGCUUUGAAAAAAAUGGUGUCCAGUCAGAGUCAAAAGAAGGAGCCAGAGAAAAAGGCUGCACCCAAACCACCAGAACAGAAGACCAGCCAUCUGUCUCAGGCACACCUACUGGCUGGUGCAGUCAAACGCCGCAGUUCCUCUCAGUCGUCAGAAAGCAGUAAGAAGCAGAAAGUAGAGGAGACGACGAUGACAGCAGCAGCAGAAACAACUGGUAACGGCAGUCAGACAGAUCAGGAAACAGUGGGGCAGAAAUCGGUGCCUAGGGCAGGAGUGACACGGGGGGGCACGCUCCAUCGACCCUCUGCAGCCAUGUGUGUGGGCAUCCUGCCAGGCCUCGGGGCCUACUCGGGCAGCAGCGACUCCGAGUCUAGCAGUGACAGCGAAGGUAGCGUGGAAGGAACCACCUUUCCCAUAAAGUGCCACAGACUCUUCAGAUAGACACACUGACGAACCACACGGUCAUCCAUUUUAUUUCUCCCUUAUUGUAUCUUGGCUCCUCCCCUGUUUUUGCCCUUUUAGCCGUCCGGAUCACAGUUGCUUGAUCUCAGUUGAUGUUAAUGUUGACGGUAUAAACUCAGUAAUUUGCCUCAGUGUCCCAGUUCUAAAAUUCUGCAGUGCUGGAUGUUUGGUUUUAAUAAGACUUUUUCCUAAUCUGACUUAAAACUAAUUAAAGGCUCCUUUAACAGUAAUUGGCACUGUGGUCAUUGAUGUGUUGUGUGUUGAAAUGACUCCUCCCCAUCAUCCCCGUAUUACAUUCCAUACAGUUUAAAUCCCUGCACCUAAACCUGGCGAUGACACCCUACGCGUCUCCAUGGCUUCUACCGAGCUGCUGACGAAGGGGAUGACGACUGACGUCUGUGGAUUGAAGAGAAGGCUGCUUUAUGUCACUUAAUCGGAUAUCUUCAGUACCAUCAUAUGAGAGAAUCAGACUGUUCUGAGCAGUGCUGGGUUGGAAGAUGUAUAAAAAAAAGUCUUUCUGAAAGUCCAUGCUUGUUUUUUUAAGGCUGCAAUGCUAAAAAUGCUGGAUAUUUUAUGAACUGUUCCCCUAUAAGGAUAUGAAUGUGCGUGAAACCUGGAUGGAACAUUAAAGCCAAAAGGGAAAUGAAA